GCCAUUCUGGGGCUUCAUUGGCAAGGACCUUGAAGGCUAGGCAGUGAACACCAUGCGGGUUUUAAUGCUUUUCCCCAUAAGUCUCUUUUUCUGGAUCCAAGAUGCCAGAGGGGACGUUGUGGUGCUGACUCAGUCUCCAGAAUCACUCUCCUUAUCCAUUGGAGAUACGGUUACAAUUAAAUGUCAGACCGUUCUCAACAUCGAUGAUGAUAUCAACUGGUACCAGCAGAAACCAGGGCAACCUCCGAAACUCCUCAUCGCCGAAGAGCAUAAACGCCAAAGUGGGGUUCCGGAUCGGUUUAGCAGCAGUGGCUACGAUACAGAUUUCACCUUCACCAUUAGUAACUUUGAAGCUGAUGAUGCUGGAGAUUAUUACUGCCAGCAAAGCGACCGCUUUCCUCUGCACACACUGUGUUACACUUUCGGUGCCGGGACCAAGCUAGAAGUGAAACGAAGAGAAGAUUCCACCCCAUCGGCACUCAUUUUCCCACCCACGCCGGAGCAACUUAAAAUGGAUUCAGCCACUGCCGUGUGCCUGGUCAGCCGUUUCUACCCGAGCAACCUGACCGUGGUCUGGAAAGUGGACGGCACUCCCGUCACUGAGGGUGUCCAAACCAGCCCCCCAGCAUCAGAUACAGACAACACCUAUAAGCUGAGCAGCACCCUGACAUUCCCUACAUCGGAUUUCAACACCCACGAAUCAUACAGUUGUGAAGUGACGCACAAAACGUUGUCCAGUCCUCUUGUGAAGAGUUUUAAGAGGUCUGAGCUUUCCAGAUAGGCCCCUCUAUAAAGCAGGAUCUUCAUUUACUGGUCCAUUUAUGGUCAUUCCCCUGUUUACCAUCCGUACCAGAAAUCCCCCUAGUAUUAUGACUGUAGGAAAUAUCUCAUAUUGCAUGUCCUUUCUCUGCAGUCUGUAACUUCUUCCAUGACCUUUUUUCCUCUUACUGAUAUCCCGUUAAC